AUGGAUACAAUCAAAAAUUUAAAUCUAAAUGAAGAAAUCCCUAAUCUGGAAGCCGUAACGUCUAAGCAUAUUGAAGCUAUUACCAAAACCCUUGAGGAAAAAUACUUGACAUUCUGGAAACAUGAACUUGAAAAUUCAUCCAAAUUAACUUUCUAUUCAACAUUCAAAACGGACCACAACCUCGAAAAAUACUUAAUACUUAUAAAAGACCCAUACAAGAGAAAAUGUCUUUCACGUUUUAGAGUCAGCAGCCAUAACCUCCAAAUUGAGAUCGGGCUAUACCAAAAUAUACCCCGGGAAGAACGCUUAUGUGAAAUCUGUAAUUGACACUAAAAUAAAACACUUGACACUUCCCAAAUUUGCUAGCUCGCAAUGAAUUGAAUGAAAACACUUAUUUACAAUGGAUUACAUUGUCCGUCUCAAUUUCAACCUAUUUUUCAUGUUCACUUGAGCAAUUCAGGGUGUUGUCCGGAAGAAAAAAUCCGGGAGCAAUUCAGGGUGUUGUCUGGAAGAAAAAAUCCGGUAAUUUAAUGAAAUUGGGAAAUUCGGUUAGCCCGCGACAUUUAGACCCCGAGUUAAUUAAGAAAUAUACUUAACGAAUGGCAUUCUCGUGGCCCAGCGAAAGGUGCUGAUUGGCUGAGCAAAAUUGAAACCUUUAAAUUGCAAGUCAACUGACAUUGUUUUGGAUAAUAAAAACACUCAGGCAAAUAUAUUUUAGGCUAUAGAUGUUCUCUUCCCAACACUCGAAGUUGUGAAGUUGAACAAUCUUGAAAUUCACAAGCUGCAUUGUAAACAAAGCCUCUGAUUGGUCCCUGAACUAAAAGAAGCCAAUCAAAUGCAUUGUUUACAAACAGUUUUUGAGUAUGAUUAUGAACUUUUGAACUUCGCAACGAACUUUGGAACGAAGUUUUCUACAUUUAGGGAAAAGUUAUGUGAAAUCAACUGUAAUUCUUUUUCAGAAUGGUCAUGAUAUUUUUGGCGGACCUAGAUUGUGAAAAGAGCGUAUAACGCGGAAUUCUUUACCGUAGCUACUACACUAACACCCUGAAAUUCGGGAAGUGUCUGUUGGGGCCGCAACAUCAGGAUGUAACCGAGAGUAUCAGAUCAUAUCGCUUAUAAAAUAUGUUCAAUUGUAGUAUAUAUAUCAUUUACAUACAUGUCCAUUACACCCUUUGCAUGUGUAUUCGGGCAUGCACAACAGCUAAAUAGUACAUUAAAUAUUCUCUCAAUAGAAAUUAAAAUAGGUCUAAGUUAUCUAUAGAAUUAGCUUUAUUAUUAUUAAAUUAUAUACUGCCCACUCUGUCUCUUGGUAUUAGCCUUAGUUCUGAACCAUGUUUAAGAAAAACAUUUCCUGAAAAAAAAAAAAUAUAUAAUAAUGAUAAUUAAAGGCUUAUCACUGUAAAAACAGAUUGGUUGAAAUGACCAAUUUAAAUUGGUUGUCUCAGACGCAUUAAUUUAACCAAUUUUUAUUGGUUAAAACAACAACAGCAACAACAGCAACAACAACAACAACAACAACAACAACAACAACAACAACAACAACAACAACAACAACAACAACAACAACAACAACAACAACAACAACAACAACAACAACAACAACAACAACAACAACAACAACAACAACAACAACAACAACAACAACAACAACAACAACAACAACAACAACAACAACAACAACAACAACAACAACAACAACAACAAAUUG